AUGGAGCGUCCGGGAACCAGCGGCGAGCGAACGCCUCUAGUACAACCGACGUAUGUCUUCGAGUCCAGCAUAACGCGGCGCUACCGCAAGCGGCUGAGGCAUUGCCAGUGCGCCAUCUGUGUCUCAUUACUCGUCCUCCUAAGCAUCAUUCUUCUCGUCACCGUCUCCUACAACCUCGCCGACGACUUAAACGGCGACGACCUUGACAAUAACACCAUUCUGCCAAUCGUCAUUCCCGUGGCCAACGGCUCCACGCUGAAUAUGGUUGCCAAUCUGACGAGCUCUGGCAACAGAACGGUUUAUAAUCUGACGUCGAUAGAACCGAAUUUACUGCCGAUUAUGAACAAGAAAUGGCCAUUAGAAGAAACCCCCACAGCUCCCUGGCCAACACCCCCCGCCGCCAACAUAUCCGACGCCGUAUCCCGUGGCAACGCCGCGCUCGCGGCGCAACAGCGCGCCGAAGCUGCGCGUACGGCGCUAGGCCGGAACACGCCGGCGCACCGCGCGCAGCGCGCCACGGCGACCGCGGCUGAUGUCAAACCGUUGGCCGAUGCUGCGUAUGCUGCUGAGGAGGCCACUAAAGUGCUUGUUAACGGCUCUCCACAUCGCGGCGGCAGCAUCGGACGCGGUCCGGCCACAAAUGGCCACUUCCAAGAGCCCCCUUACUGCAGAGACACCACUCCUGUCUGCCCUGCCAGCAAGUUCAGAAGCCAAGAUGGCAGUUGUAACAAUCUAGCUAAUCCUCUAAGAUGGGGUGUCUCUAGAACACCGUUUAGAAGGGUGUUGCCUGCUGAUUAUGGAGACGGCAUCAGCUCUCCACGAAGAGGCGUGAACGGGAGCGCUCUCCCAAGCGCCCGAGAUGUGAGCCUUACAGUACACAGGCCAAGCUACGCACACGACAUCUCAUUCACCGUGAUGCUGGCUGUCUGGGGACAGUUCAUCGACCAUGAUGUAACCGCCACUGCUCUCAGCAAAGGUGAACACGGCACGGCCCUUUCUUGCUGCGACCCAUCGCAGCCCCCACACCCCGCGUGCUUCCCCGUGCCGCUGGACGUGGAAGACCCUUUCUAUCAAGGUUACCACGUCACCUGCAUGGAAUUUGUGCGGUCAGCCCCAGCGCCUACGUGUCAUUUCGGUCCUCGGGAACAAAUGAACCAAGCUACGGCCUACCUCGACGCUUCCACCGUCUACGGGUACUCUUCAACCCGCGCCGCUCAGCUCAGGACCGCCUCGGGGGGGCUGCUGAAGAUGCUGGUCGUGGAGGGACGGGAGCUGCUGCCGCAGUCCAUGGAUCCUAACGAUGGCUGCAAUACGGAAGAAAUGAACGCGAAGGGGCGGUACUGUUUUGAGACUGGGGACGACCGAGCCAACGAGAACCUCCACCUAACCACCAUGCACCUGCUCUGGGCGCGCCAGCACAACCGCCUCGCCAAGAUCCUCUCAACCCUCAACCCCAACUGGGAUGACGAGCGUCUCUACCAGGAAGCUAGGAAGAUCGUUGGUGCUCAGAUGCAGCAUAUCAGCUAUAAUGAGUUCCUGCCACUGGUUCUAGGUAACGACGUGAUGUGGGCCCUGAACCUGUCUCUUCUGCAGGCGGGUCAUUCAAACUCGUACAGUCCACGCGUCGAUGCUUCUAUGGCCAAUCAUUUCUCCGCAGCUGCUUUCAGAUUCGCACAUACUUUGCUGCCGGGUUUAAUCCACUCGUUUGACGCAGACACUGGUUCGGUAGACUACAUCCACCUUCACGAGAUGCUGUUCAACCCGUACAUGCUGUACCGGGAGACGGGGCCGCGGAAAUCUGUCUAUUCUGCCAUGAACACGCCGGUCCAUGGAGUAGAUCCUCAUGUUACUGAUGAGCUAAGCAACCACCUCUUCGAGCGCCCCACCAACACCACCACAAACUCCUCCCUCCCCGCGCACCCCUGCGGCCUCGACCUGGUCUCCCUCAACAUACAACGAGGGAGGGACCACGGGUUACCCCCAUACCCGGCCUGGAGGGAGCAUUGUGGUUUCAAGAGGCCUAGAAGCUUUGGGGAGUUGAAAGGAGUUCUGAAUGAAGUGUCUUGGACACGAAUCAGUACCAUUUACAGCCACGUAGACGACAUAGACCUCUACACUGGUGCUUUAGCCGAAGAACCGAACGGGAGACUCCUCGGACCAACCCUGACCUGCCUCAUCGCUGAUCAGUUCUUGAGGAUCAAGAUUGGAGACCGGUUUUGGUAUGAGACUGAAGAUGAGUCGGCUGGCUUCACCAUUCAGCAACUAACAGAAAUCCGCAAGACAACGUUAGCAGGUAUAAUCUGUGCGAACGAACAGCUACUGGCGCAGGCGCAGCCGCGAGUCAUGGAGCUUGUGGGGGAAACCAAUCCACUCGUGGCCUGUACAGAACUUCCACAACCUGCGUGGGACCCAUGGAAAGAAUAGUUUGAUAUUGAGAAA